AUGGUGGAAGGAUUCUUCACAACCGGAGCAAUUAAGGAUCUCUAUGGGGAUUUCAAAAUCACAACUUGUGGCCGAUGUGUAAGCGCAUGGUUUAUUAUGCUGACGUACCUCUUCAUGCUUGCCUGGCUUGGAGUCACAGCUUUUACCUCACUACCGGUUUACAUGUACUUCAAUCUUUGGACUGUUUGUCGAAAUGCCACUGUAGUUGGUGAUGCAAAUUUUUGUUUGGACCUUCGUCAGUUUGGCAUUGUACCAAUCGGUGAGGAAAAGAAACUGUGUACCCCAUCUGAAACCUUCCUGAGGAUGUGUGAAUCUACUGAUCUGAACAUGACAUUCCAUCUCUUUAUUGUUGCCUUGGCUGGUGCUGGAGCUGCAGUUAUUGCUAUGGUCCAUUACCUAAUGGUGCUAUCUGCCAACUGGGCCUAUGUGAAAGACGCCUGCCGAAUGCAAAAAUAUGAAGACAUCAAAUCCAAGGAAGAACAGGAACUUCACGACAUUCACUCCACCCGUUCUAAAGAGCGACUUAAUGCUUACACAUAA